AUGAUCAAACAAAUCGGCAACAACAAUUUUCCAUCGGAAUCAGAGUUUUAUCCUUUUCAGAAACCCAGGGAGACUGAGAGUCCUCUUAGCGGCAGCCAGUCGCCCAAGCUUACUCCCCGAGGCAGCGAUUUCCAGUGCGAUGUCACGGAAAUGUACACGCGCUUGUUUGCUGCUCAGCAGACCACAGACUUCAUAAGCUCAACCGAGGUGGACGCCUUAUACGAUGCAAAUCCGAAGAUCCACAAAACCAGAGACGCCGCUGCUCUAAGAGAUCGAAAAUUCACUGCCGAGGUGAUUGACGACGAUUCGAUCCCGGUCUUUGAUCUGGUUUCGGAGGUCGUAGAGGAAAGCAAGCUCUACGUCGAGCCACUCCGGAUCAUCGACUUCAAGCAGGAGUUCUUCCCAAGCUCGACGUGCACGUCGUUCCUGGUGCAGUGGGAGAACCUGUCCGUGAGGGACGCAACCUGGGAGAGCUCCCACUUCAUCAGCGGCUACCCGAAGCUCCUCCAGGACUUCCUCCAGCGCAGGUCGGAGCAAGGCGACAGCGUCGAGUUUUUCCGCGCCAUGGAAAACGUCAAGAACUUGAAAGGGUUCCUGGACGAUCGAAAGCAAGAAGAUGUCGCAGUAGAAACUCCGGAAGAUCAUCAGCGAGCCAACGAUCCGACCCUCCCGGCGGCGGAGGCAAUCCAGUCUAGAAUCGAGAAGGAUAGGGCUCUAAUCGACGCCUUCGUCUCCAACAAGCUCAUCGAGGCCUACGGGCGAUGCGGCAGCGCAGCCCUCGCGCGCCAGAUCUUCGACGACGAGACAUGGCCCAAGGACGCGCUCUCCUGGCAAGUGAUGCUCGUAGCUUACUCGCGCAAUGGGCACCUCCGCGAGGCUCAGCGCGUCUUCGAAUCCAUGCCACACCGGGGGCUCAAUUCCUGGACCGCGAUGCUCAAUCUCUACGCGCGCAAUGGGCAGCUCGAGCGCGCGAUGGAUCUCUUUGCCCGGAUGCCGACCCACGACGUAGUGUGCUGGAAUUCGGUGCUAGCAGCGCAUGCCGCGAAUGGGCAUAUUGAGGAGGCAGGGGAAAUUUUCGAGAGGGCGAUGCCAAGGCGCGACACUGCGUCUUGGAACACGAUUCUUGCGGGAUUUGGGCAGAAUGAUAAUGUCGAGCAGAUGGAGUGGAUAUUCCACGAAAUGCCGCAGUGGAACCUUGUUUCGUGGAACGCCAAGCUCGCAGCAUAUGCUGCAAAUGGGUAUCUUGAGGAGACUAGAUGGGUGUUUGAUUCCAUGCCAGAGACGGAUCUUUUCUCCUGGAACACACUUCUCAGCGCGUUUGCGCAAGGAGGAAGUUUGCAACGAGCAAGAUCCAUCUUUGACACUAUGCCGGAGAGGGAUCUUGUGUCAUGGACGGCUCUCAUCACGGAAUUCGCCAAAAGUGGGCAUCUUGUGCAGUCUCGGGCGCUGUUUGACGAGAUUCCGGAGAGAAACCUUGUCUGCUGGAACGCGAUGAUCAGUGGCUACUGCCAAAACGGAAGCCUCUCGCAAGCGCAGGCGUUGUUUGACGAAAUGCCGCAGAGAGAUCUCGUCUCCUGGACAGCCAUGAUUGCAGCGUAUGGGGAAAACGGGCAUCUUAGUAAAGCAAAAGAGAUGUUUGAUCGUAUGCCCCACAAGGGCUUGGUUCCGUGGAUCACGAUGCUUUCCUCCCACGCUCACAGCGGCGAUCUCUCCACCGCCCGAGUCAUGUUUGAGUCCAUGCCACACCACAACCUCGUCGCGUGGAACGUAAUAAUCUCCGCGCACGCCCAAGCCGGGCAUCUCCAGCAGACGCGCAAGCUCUUCGCCGCCAUGCCGCAGCGCAACCUCGUCUCGUGGAACGCGAUGCUGCUGGCGUGCUCCCAACACGCCGACAGCCCCCGCGAAUCCAGGGCCGUGUUCGACGGGAUGCCGCAGCACGACCUCGUGUCGUGGAACGCAAUGCUGGGGGCAUAUUCGCGGCUCGGGCAUGUGGAGGACGCCAGAUGCCUGUUUGAUUCCAUGAGGCGGCGCGAGCGGCUCGACUUGGUCUCACUAAACGUGAUGCUGGCGGCAUAUACCCAGCGCGGGCAUAUCAGCGAAGCUCUCCUUCUCUUCAAUGGUAUGGCCCAGCAGGACAUACACUCGUGGACCAACAUUCUUGCGGUGUAUGCCCAAGCCGGGCAUCUGGAGCUUGUGCUAGCAUUUUUCCAGAGAAUGCCCGAGCACGACACGGUCUCCUGGAACGUUUUGCUGGCUUCCCAUUGCUACACCACUGGAAGAUUUAAAAGCUCCACCGUUUUGGAUAAAACUUUAGAGACCUCCUCGACGAUGAGACUUACGCAAGUGCCCGAUGGGGCUUGCUUCGUGUCGCUGCUCAGCGCCUAUAGCUCCCAAGGCAAGGUUUUCGAUGCUAUGCGCGUUUUCAGGUCCAUGGUUGUGGAUUUCGAGCUCCAGCCUUGUAAGCAGCACUACAGUUGCAUGGUGGACGUGCUCAGCCGGGCUGGACGUCUCGACGAUGUACAAGACUUGGUCGAUAGCAUACCGUUUGUGCCUGAUGCAUCAGAUUCGAGGUGCUUGUUAGCGAAUUGUAGGAAUCAGAGUGCCAACCUUGGAUAUCUGAAACCUCCAUCUGAGUUUGAGGAAGGAGCGUCCUUCGUGCUCCUUGCAAAUGCGUACAAAAGUGUGUAA